AUGUCCGACAAUAGUGUGCCGGGCUCUAACAUCAAGCCUUGGGCUCGUCCAGAGCCCCAGGGUUACCUAUUCACAAAUGCCAAGGUCGUUGAUGUUCAAGAAGGGAAAAUCCUCGAGAAUUCGACUGUAAUCACUCGCCAAGGCAAAAUCCAAUCAGUCUCGUCAUCCUUGCCAGAGCCCUUUCCGACCGAUCUAACUAUCAUCGAUUGUGAAGGCCGCUAUCUUUGCCCCGGACUUUUUGACGCUCAUGUCCAUCUAUGUGCUGUUCCCGGAUUUAACGACCUUUCCAAGGCAUUCGGAAACCCCAAUGAUGUCCACUUGCUCAGACAGCCCUACACCGCUGCUCAGAUGCUACACCGCGGUUUCACCAGCAUCCGCGACUGCGGCGGGGCACAGCUAGCCUUGAAAGAGGCUAUCGACGAAGGCGUCUUUCCGGGGCCACGCGUGUUCAUCUCCGGACACGCUCUGUCCCAAUUCGGCGGACAUGGCGAUCUUCGCGGCUCGCACGAACCCACUGAAUGCUGUGGCGGAACCCACAGCAACAACCACCUAGGCCGCAUGUGCAACGGCGUCCCUGAGUGCAUGGCUGCUGUACGCGAAGAGAUUCGUUGCGGUGCAGACUUUAUCAAAAUCAUGGGAUCUGGUGGUGUGGCAUCUCCAACAGAUAAAUUGGAGCAUUUACAGUUCACAUCGGGCGAGAUCCAAGCAAUGGUUGAAUGUGCUAAUAAUGCCGGGACUUUUGUCACUGCUCAUGCCUACACGGUCAAAGCUAUUCGGCACUGCAUUGAUAACGGUGUCAAGGGUAUCGAACAUGGUAACUUUGUUGAUCCGCCGACCGCCAAGAUGAUGGCACACAAAGGUGUUUAUCUGACGCCCACAUUGAUUGCCUAUGCGCAAAUGGCAUCAGAGCAGUGGAAGGGAUAUUUGCCCCCUGAAUCACAGUCAAAGAACACACAAGUCCUCAAGUCCGGUCUUGAGGCUCUGAAGAUUGCGGCUGAGGCGGGUGUCACGAUGUGCUACGGCUCUGAUUUGCUCGGUCCUCUGGGCUCGGCUCAGACACACGAGUUUGCAUUACGGUCGCAGGUGUUGAAGCCGUUGCAAGUUCUACGCAGUGCGACAAUUAACCCUGCGAAAAUGAUGGGUUGGGAGGACGCCAUUGGUCAAAUUAAAGAGGGAUUCCACGCGGAUUUGGUUGUCUUGGGUAAGAACCCCCUGGAGGAUGUAACUAUCUUUGAUGAUCCGGAACAGUAUGUGUUGGGUGUGAUGAAGGAUGGUCGCGUAUAUAAAAGUCGCUGGAGCGCGCUGCCUGAGGAUUCUGAAAUCCCCGUGAGAGUGAAGUAUAAUUGA